AUGCCCCCAAAGGCUGCAGUAUCGGCGCCGACAUCGGCGCCACGGACAACACGAACACGCCGCGUAGCGCCAGCAGCGACCGCUGCGCCCGUCGACGCGCUCGCCGCCGACCUUGACCGCGUGCUCAAGGUCUCGCAGCCCAAGGCGCCUGUGCGGCGCGCGCCGAAGGCGGCUCCCAAGCCCGAGAAGGAGAAGGCCGAGAAGCCCAAGGUUGCGGUGGCGAAGCGCCCAACAGCGGCGGCGGCGACAACGACGACAGCGAGGCCGGCUCCUGCCCCAGCGCCGGCCAACCCCGCCCCUGACGCUAAGCGUGCGACAUCACGCACGACCACGACAUCACGCACCCCCUCGACAGCGCCCUCGGCCAAGGCCAAAGAGCCAGCGAAAGAACCGGAGCCAGAACCACUGCCGUGGGAAGUGGCCGGCGGGCUGUCGUCGCGCGAGCGCGCGCAGGCCGCCCAGGCCGCGAGCAACUCGGCGCUGCGCGAGCUCUCGGCCGCCGCAGCAGAGGGGUACAAGGCGUCGUCCGCUGGCCCGUCUGCGCGUGUCACCUCCGCGCUGGGGAGCGGGAAGAAGGGCGUCGCGGUGCUGCGCGAGCUGUAUGCUGGCCUUGCUGGCGCGCAGCGGGUCGCGGUUGAGCGCGGCGCCAUGGCGCUCGUCGUCAAGUGCUUGUCGAUGGAGAUGUACGAUGCCGCGCUUUUGAUGCUUGCCGACGCACGGCCGUUUGUUCUGCGACUGUAUGAGCACGAUGCGGACGACUGGGCCCGCCCAGCAAAGUUUGGAGAAGGCUGGGCGGGGCUGGCGUACUUCCCGCCUCCGUCGGCUGGGUCAACCCUCGACGAGGCAGUUCGGACGCUCCUCUGUUCGUUCGCGUUCGCGGCGUGGAACUGCUUCGUGUCGGUCAAGGCGUUUAACGUUGAGACAAUCACCACGCUCCUGCCGCUGCCCCGGGAGAACGACACCCUCAGCCCGUUCCUCCUUGCACCAUCACUGCCCGUCGCUGCUGUUGGACCGCUCGCUGUGCUUCUGUACCGACGUCUCGCGGCCCUCACACCGCCCCCAUCCUCCGAGGCAUGGCUCCAUGUGCGCACGCUAUCGGCAUUCACGACGGCCGUGGCGGCCACCGCGGCGGACGAGUCGCGCAAGAAUCCGCCCGAGAAUGUGUGGCAGUCUGUCAGCCGCACCGUCCAGCGGCAUCUCGACAAGAAGGAGCCUGCUCGCAUGCGCCAGGCAGCUGGUGUCAUUUCCACUAUUGUCGGUGUCGUGGAGCGGAUCUGCGAGGCGAGAUCAGAGGACCGCGUUGCGUGGUUCGCAGGCAGCUGGUCGCUGGUCGCUGAUGCCUGGGUUGGGAUCGGCCGUAAGCUCGGCGACUCUAGCAUCAUCGAUAGCGCGCUUGCGGCGCUCGCUGGGUCCGCAACCCUCGAGGGCUCGUCGGGAAGCAGCUCGAGCAGCGGCUCCUCAACACCUCCGACCAGUACCCCGCCCACCCCAUCACAGUCACCUAUCCCAAAGAUUGCUAACCCUGGAGCCGAGCUCAAGCGGCUCACCGCCCAGCUCUCCAAGGUACUCGUGGACGUUGAAGCAUUCGCCAAGGCCGACGACGGCACCGACGAGGCUCUUGGUCGUCUCCUCGGCCGAGUAGACCUUGACAAGGUUCUCGCCGCGACAUGCAGCCUUGACUCGUCAGACGCGUCAGUCGGCGCCUCGAGCGCUGUCACCCGUGCCCUCGAGCGUCUUCGCCGCGUCGUGAUCAAGCUGCUCGACACGCCAACGUUCGCGAUUGCCUCCAAGCAGUGGCUUCUCGCGCUCUUUGGGGUCAUCGAGCGCUUGCUCCUUACUGUCGACAACGCUACUCUGACGCGCGACUGCAUGCCCGGGGCCGUCGACUCGACCCUUAACCUCGUUCGCCUGGCAUCCUCAGAUGCCAAUUUCAUCCUCCGACUCCUUGACCGCGCGAACAAUGUCUUUGCGGAGCGUGGUGCUCAUCUCGCCCCGGCUACACGCCUGCAGCUCGGCUCAUGUCUGGCUGGCACUGCCCACAGCUCGGCCGUCACCGCUGCACGUGUCAACAAGGCGGCAGCGCACCCCCUCGCCGAGCGGACAUGCGCGUGGUCUAUCGCACUACUGGCUCUCGACCCAUCCGAAGGCUCGGCGGACCGCGACCCGACCCUACGCGCCGUCGAGACUGCCUUGCCAAAGCGAUACGAGCUGCUCGCAUUCUGUCUCCAGGAGAGCGACCGCGAGGCGUCGCUCAAGGCCUUGUGCCAGAGCUUGGCGAGCAUCGACCCUGCCACCAUCAAAGCCAUCGGGACUGCAGCCGCAUCCAAGCCUAUCACCGCCGUCUUCGCCAACCUUCCCGACGUCAGUGCGACGCUGAAGCGGUGCACGUCGUUCAUGACGGGCGGCAACGAGUUCGACGCGAGCAAGGCAGCUGGCUUCCUCUCCGAUGCCAUGACCGCGCGCGGCGUUCCAGCAAGCGUACACGGUGCAAUCAUCGAGGCAGUUGCUGAGGGCAUCGAGCACGCCGACUUCCGAACACAUGUCCAGGAUGCCCUGCUUGCCCUCAAUACCUCGCUCUUCGACCUGUACGACGGCACUGCGUACCCUGUUCGCCGUAUGCGCGUUGGCUCCCGCUUCAUGAGCGUGAUCACGUCGACCGGCGUCGCGGCCGAUCAAUUCAACGCUCUCGCAGACGAGGUCGACUCGCUCGCGGCGCAAAAGGCACUCGGUAAGGACGCAGCCCUGGCGCCUUACCGCGAGGAGUACCGUGUUUCCGCCCUUCUCCUCCGUGCCAUCAAUGCGUACCACAUGCUCGAAGCGCCUACGGAGUCUGUCGUCGAGCUCUCUGGCUCGGCGCUCACCGCCGUCCGUGCGCUUGCUAUUGCACCCAUCAAGGAGAGCAAGUACCCCGCUGCCCUUGGCAAGCGGCCCGUGGCAGCGCCUGCGGCGAGGACCACACGGUCGGCGUCCGCCGGGACGGGCAAGACCGCCGCUGCCAAAGCCCCAUCAAGAGCUGUCAGCCGUGGCAAAACCGCCCCGCCCGAGACGAAGAACACUCUCUCGUCUCUGUGUGGCAUUCUCGGGCAGCCUUUGCUCAAACUCGAGACCCUCAAGGUCCUCCACGCGCUUCUUCGUCCCGCUGAUGGUGCUGCUGACGCCUACAUUCAAACGAGCGCACAGCUCGCCACAGAGUACGGUCGCCUUGGCAAGACGUCGCGCGCGACCCACGUCUUCAACCACGCGCUCAAGUUUGUAUCGGAGUCCGAGUCUCGGGUCUCCGCCGCCACACAGACGGAGCUGCACCUCCGCCACAGUCGUUUCCUUGCCCUGUCUGGCCAUGUCAAGCAUGCACGCGACGAGUAUAUCCAGGCCGAAGGCACGUACCAGGACAUCCCUCCGCCCACCGCCAAUGGCACAUAUGCUGCGCGUUGGAUCCAGCUUUGCGCGGUGUCGGAGCGUGUGGCGCUUGCCCACGCCGCUGUGGCUGCCAUCAAGAUGGCUGAGGAGAACGUCACGAACGCCAUCGCUAGCCUCACAAUUGCCUACCGCCAGUGGUGCCGCGCUGCUCACGGUAUCGCUCAUCUGGCAUCGGCUGCUCCAGAGCAGGAGCAGGAGCAGAGCGAGCAGAGCGCGCCAUCCAGCCCAACACAGGAAGCAUCAGCCUCGGCCAGCCCUGCCGAGAAGCCUCAGUCCAAAUCGAAGCAACCGUUUGCGUUCACCAACAAGCACUUGGGAGGAUUGCAGUGGCACUAUGCAGAGGCACUAUUCGACACAACCUUUGAACUCGCCGUCACGUUGGCUCGCCGUGGCUCAGUCAAGGAAUGCGAGUACUACCUCCAGCAGGCGCGGAGCAUGGCCCCGACUGUCCGUUCGUCAAUCUACACGUCACGCGUUGAAUCGCACACUGCCGAGGUGGAGUCGAGAAAGUUACGUUUCGAGCACUCGGCCGAACACCUCCAGCAGGCGAUCGACGCGCUCGCAAUCGAGGAUGGUGUCGACGCGGUCAACCUCAUGCGCGUCAAGGGCGAGCUGCUGUCCAAGCAACAGGAGCCUGGCGAAGCGGACGAGAUGUUCAUGGCGGCGGUCGACAGCCUCACUGGGCUGGACAACGAGUUUGGAGCGUCCGAGGCACGCAUGCCGUCGUCUCGACGUGGCAGUAUCUCGGCCUUCAAGGAGCCCCUCUUCCCUGUGGCGCUGGGUCACGUCCUCCGUCAGCGAGCGUGGCUCUUGCGUGAAGCUGGCUGCAUCGAGGAAUACGAGGUCGUGUUACAGCAGCUUGAUCUCGUUCCCAAGGGACCGGGGUCGAAGCCCGAGCAGCUCACCCUUGAAGCUCGCAUUGCGAUGCACGAGGCAUUCAGCCACUUCAAGACGGAUCUCUUUAUGAGCUCGCUCACGGAGUCCACCAUCGCAAUGACGAUGGGCUCGCCGGACAAGAGGGCAAAGGAGCGUCAGUCGACCCGCCACAGCGCACAGGUGUUACUCGAGCGUGCUGCCCAUGCCUUCCGCCAGGCCGUGACCGUCACGGGGCACACUGGUCGCGUUGAGGACGUCCGCCAGGCCUGCGUCUCACUCGCCUUGCUCGGCGCGUUCCAGACCUCUGUGGGUCAUGGCUCGCCAACCACGACAUCAUCUGCUGCCGAUCUCCUGGCCUCCAUCUCAACCAUUACCCUUCAACGCGAGCUCAUCCCUGCCAUCGACAGCAAGUUUGUCAACCCCGAGGCGGACGAUAUGGACUGGCCGCACCUUGCAGCGGAUCCUGUUACGAGUGCUACCGACGAGGCGACAGCCUCCCUCCGCGCCUACUGGAACAACAUUCGCUCCAAGCACGCGACAAGCGACGUGCUAACGACGACGUUUGAUCUGAACCUCUUGCCGGCUGACUGGGCUGUCGUGAGCAUCACGGUGACGAACGACCGCAACACCAUGCUUGUCUCGCGUCACCAGCGUGGCACCGAGCCCAUUGUCUUCUGCAUCCCGCUAGACCGCCAGGGCCGCCGUGAGGGCGAGGAUGAGACCGAGCUGUUCACCUUCGACGCGGGCAUCGCCGAGCUCAAGACGAUCAUGGACGGCAACAUUGAGUCCAUCAAGUCGAUCAAGGACUGCAAGACGAUGGACGACCGCAAGGUGUGGUGGAAGAAUCGCUUAGAGCUCGACGAGCGACUAGGCCAGCUCCUUGCGAGCAUCGAGUUCUGUUGGCUUGGCGCCUUCAAGACUGUACUCAACCCCAGGCGCAACAUCAACCCCGAGGCAUCAGCUGCCUUCCGCAAUCGCCUCGAUCACAUCUUCCAGACCGCGCUCUCGUCUGCCGGCUCAGACACACGACGCGGCGCCAGCAUCCGACUGAACGAUACCCUGCUGUCGUGCUUUGCUACGCUCUCCUCCAAGUGCAAGGACGAGGAGAUUGAAGAUCUUGUCUACUUCGUGCUCGACCUGUACCAGUUCCACGGGAUCGCCGUCGCGCUCGCCGAGCUCGACUUUGACCAGAUCGGCGUCGACGUCAAGGGUGCGCUCGCCGACUUGGAGACGGCAAUUGGGGGGCCGAGCGACGACGCCUCGAGCAGCGAGCACCUCCUGCUCGCGCUGGACAAGAAUGUGCAGGGCAUCCCGUGGGAGUCGAUCCCGAUUCUCCGCGGACGUGCCGUCAGCCGUAUUCCCUCUCUACCCUUCCUCUUCGACCAGGUCGCGCUGGGCCGGCACCUGGGUGGCGCGGCCUCGCGUCGCACCUACAACCCGACCAAGACGCGCUACUUCCUCAACCCGAGCGGCGACCUGACGGCCACGCAGGGGCGGUUCGAGGCACGCCUCACCGCGCUCGAGGCAAAGGGCUGGUCGGGCGUGACGGCUCGCGUGCCGACCGAGGGCGAGAUGAUCUCCGCUCUCGGGGAGUCCGACCUAGUCAUGUACUUUGGCCAUGGCGGCGGCGAGGAGUACAUCCGCGGACACAAGGUACGGGCUCUGCGUCGCUGCGCCGUGACCAUGCUCUGGGGCUGCUCGUCUGGGCUGUUGCGCGAACACGGCGACUUUGACUGCACCGGCACGCCAUGGGACUAUGUCCUCGCCGGCAGCCCUUGCCUCGUCGCCAACCUCUGGGACGUGACAGACAAGGACAUUGACAGAAUCACCGAGCACGUCAUGGACGGCCUGGGCCUCGCUGCCGAUGCGAUCGGGCAGCAGGGCGAACAGCGCGUGUCGGUCGUCCAGGCUGUGAGCGCAGCGCGCGCGACGCCCAAGCUCCAAUAUCUCACCGGCGCGGCUCCCGUCGUCUACGGAAUCCCGGUAUACCUCUCAUAA